ACACUGAUGAAGAUUAUAAUUAUGAUAAAUGUUUAUAUUUAUUGUAAUUUUAGAGAAUGCAAUGAAGGACCAAAGGAUUGGCCGUGCGAUGGGGGUCUGCAAGAAAGUGGUCAGUGCCUUCUCCUACAGUUGGAAAAAAAAGAGGGAGCUGAAAGAUGUUCAGAAGAGGAUGAAUCUGCCUGAGCAUUCUCUUAAGACAGAGUGUCCAACCAGGUGGGGGUCUCGGCAGGCUAUGAUUAGCAGGGUCCUAGAGCAGCAGAAGGCCAUUGCAGAUGUCCUCUACAAUGAUACCAAAAACAGACACCUCACCCCCUCAUGGCAGGACAUCGAUGUACUUGAGGCCAUCAACAAAUCACUAAGCCCUCUCGUUGAAUUCACCGAUGCACUUUCUGGGGAGCAAUAUGUGAGUGUGUCUUUUGUCAAACCAACUCUCCACCUGUUCAACACAUCCAUAUUGGCCGUGCAGGAGGACGACACAGACCUUGCAAAGUCCAUCAAGCAGAAGAUAGUGGGCUAUCUCAAUGAGAAAUACAAUGAUGCACCAACACAAGAGCUGCUGGACAUGGCCUCAGCCCUGGACCCAAGGUUCAAGCUUACAUAUGUGAGCGAAGACAUGCGCGGGUCAAUUGAAAAAAGACUUUCAUCUGAGAUGAAGACUGUCAUGGAGAAGGCCUCUGAGAGAGCAGUGACGCCUGCUGAUGACACUGAUGCCGCUGCUGCUACUGCACCAAAGAAGAAGAAAGCCCUGGGCAGCUUCUUCAAGCCGGUCACUGAAGGCACAGCUUCAACAUCCACUGCUCUGCAACCGGACCAGGACAAAGCCAUAGCUUUGGAGCUACAGUCCUACCUCCAGGCAGGGACACUGGACACUGAGGCGGACCCACUGGAGUGGUGGAAGGUAUCACAGCAGUUUUACCCACGGCUCUCAAACCUGGCAAGGAGACAUCUUUGUAUCCCGGCCACAAGCUCCUCGUCAGAGAGGGUUUUCAUUACAGGCGGUAAUGUUGUCACCUGCCUGCGCUCAUCCCUGAAACCAGACCAAGUGAACAGACUGGUGUUCUUGGCUAAAAACCUUUAAGAGGGUUAGGUGGCAGAUUGCAGGGAGCCUGGAUGAGGGAGUAUGGGACUGGGUGGCAACUACUUUUUUUUUCUAAGAUUUAAAAAGAAGUCUUGGCAGCUGAUUGUUCUUGUCAGUGUGUCAGUCAGUUUAUUCUUGUUCAUUCUAAUUUUGCCCAAAAGGGUGUGCCUCUACCUCAACAUGUUAACUGUUAUGUCAUUGAUAUACUGAUGAUUACAACUGUGUUUUUUGCAGGACUAGGUAAGGAGGUGAUUACACCAUAGUUUGAGUUGGGUUUGUUUUAUGGUAAAGAGAAGUAAUACUGUUUCAGUGUUCUGUUAAGUCUGGGAGAGUGUUUAUUUUGUAUUUUUGCAUAUUAUUUAAUUCAUUUUAUUAAUAUAUUUCUCUUAUUUAUUUGCAUUUUUCUUGUUUUUCAGUUCAAACUUAUCGUGUUAAAAGAAAUACCAGUGUUAAAAGUUCAAUAAAUGCUUGUUCUCAAAUCAAUGAAUAAUCGUCUUUAAUAACCGUGAUUACAAUAUCAAUCAAAAUAAUCGUGGUUAUUAUUUUUGCCAUAAUCGAGCAGCCCUAGCUCAUUGGCAGAUAUACAAAAGUGGUUUGAUUUUAAAUCAAGUGCGAAAAUGGGAAAAUAUGGUAUGUAUGGGAAAUUGAUGUACUGACGGGAUUUACAGACGAUUGCGUGUAAAACAGCAGGCAUCGUUAGGCUGAUGGAGGGUUGUGAGAUGCCAGACCGACCAGCAACCUCACGCUGAAAAAUGCCCGUCGCCAAGUUACCCAAAAGCACCUGAAUGUGCACUGGAAUUGCAUUGGUUUUCCUUGUUUGUCUUUGUUAAGUUGGUCUAUAGAUCCUCGCAUAAUUCCACUAAAAUGGGUGUAGGGAAACUAUAUCUACUAACGAUCCACUCAAUUCUUUGUGCAAAAAAGUCAUAGACCUGUAAAAAUGCACUCUUGACGAAAUGCUAAAUCUUCUAAACAUAUCUCUGCCAUCUUAAUAUCAGAUAUUCCGUUAAUUGACCGUCUAGUGGUCCACGAGCAUAUUAUUGUUAUAUCAUACAUUACACUACAUUACAUCAAUUCGCCAAUAUUAACAAGUGCCUAUGGUGUUCAAUUAUAUUAUGACAAUAUUUCAUGAAUUCAAUAUUUCAUGGAAAUCUUUGCGAAAUGCUUUCAUAAGGCUAUGGAUUUCAAUCUUAU